AACUGAUGAUUGAAAUUUGAAGGCCUGUCUUUGACUUCUACUAUCUCUCUUCCUCAAUAAAUAUCUCUCUCCUCUAACUUCUCUCUCCCAAUUCCAAAACCAGAAACUCUUUAUUUUUUUGAAUGAAACAAAUACCCAAAUCUUAUCUCUUCAGAAUUUAUCAAUCUGACAAGAACAAAAUUAAAUCAGACUGAGAAAUAUGGGAAGAGCUCCUUGUUGUGACAAAGCAAACGUAAAGAAAGGACCAUGGUCACCUGAAGAAGAUGCAAAACUUAAGGAGUAUAUAGAGAAAAAUGGAACUGGCGGCAAUUGGAUUUCUCUUCCUCAGAAAGCUGGUCUUAAAAGAUGUGGGAAAAGCUGCAGACUGAGAUGGCUUAAUUAUCUGAGACCCAACAUUAAACAUGGAGAAUUCACUGAUGAUGAAGAUAGAAUCAUUUGCAGCCUCUUUGCAAACAUCGGAAGCAGGUGGUCAAUAAUAGCAGCUCAGUUACCUGGCAGGACUGACAAUGAUAUCAAGAACUACUGGAACACAAAGCUCAAGAAGAAGCUCAUGGCCAUGGUUGCUGCAAACCCAUUAAGCUACCCUCAGCCUGAUUCCACCUUCUCAUCUCCAUCAUCUUCAUCCUCAUCACUCUCUUACAACCCUAGUAACAGUAACCCGACUUAUUACAUUCCUGCACCACCUGCAACUUCUCUUACAACCGGCCUUGAACCCAUCUCAUAUUCUUCAUCAACUCUUCUAAAUUCUCUCCACCCAGUGCAGGAGACAAUUAGUUUUAACUAUCAAGUCAAUGAGAGUGUUGUCAUGGUGGGAAGAGAUCAAGCAAGUGCUUGCAGCUCGUCUGAUGGGAGUAGCAGCAACAAGAUGAUCAGCCAUGGGGUAGAGCAGCAGAAUAUCAGCUGGUACAGUAAUGGAGUUGAAGAUGAGGAGCAGAGAAAUGGGUUAUGGAGUUCUUCAGAAGCUGCAUUAGACUAUGGAUUAGAGGAAAUCAAAGGGCUAACUAGCAGUAAUAAUAAUAAUCGUGAAAGUUGUAACAGCUUCUUGUUUGAGGAAAGCAAGACAGAGGAAAAGGUGAUGUACUACUACUAUUGAAAUGAUACUGACUAUGACUGUGAGUAAAAUCACAAAGAUUUGAAAGAACAGGGGAUGGGCUUUUUGAGAUUUCAAAAUUUUAUUUUAAUUUAUUUUUUUACACCCAGUUUAUGUGGGUAAGUGCUUUUUGUGUUUAUUUAGGAAGCACUUUGGUUAAAAAGCUACUUUUUGUUGUGCAUUUCUUUUUGGGAAUUUCAUAUAUAGUUGUUUUAGUACAGUUUCUAACUGCAACUUUCAGAAAU